GACGGGAAUGGGCGAAUUCAGUUCAGAUGACCAUCACAUCUACUACUGUGGGCAAGAAACCUGUAAAAGAAAUGGAGUGGCCCUCAUAGUCAACAAGAGUGGCGAAAGCUGUACUGGGAUGCAAUCUCAAAAAUGAUAGAAUGAUCUCGAUACGAAUCCAAGGCAGACCUUUUAACAUCACAGUAAUCCAAGUUUAUGCACCAACUACUGGUGCUGAAGAAACUGAAAUUGACCAAUUCUAUGAAGACUUACAACACCUUAUAGAAGUGACACCAAAGAAGGAUGUUCUUCUCAUUAUAGGGGAUUGGAAUGCUAAAGUAGGGAGGCAAGAGAUAAAAGGAACAACUGGCAAGUUUGGCCUUGGAGAUCAAAACGAAGCAGGGCAAAGGCUAAUAGAGUUCUGUCAAGAGAACAAGCUGGUCAUCACAAACACGCUUUUCCAACAACACAAGAGACGACUCUACUCAUGGACAUCACCAGAUGGGCAGCAUCGAAAUCAGAUUGAUUAUAUUCUCUGCAGCCAAAGAUGGAGAAGCUCUAUACAGUCAGCAAAAACAAGACCUGGAGCUGACUGUGGCUCAGAUCAUCAGCUUCUUAUAGCAAAAUUCAAGCUUAAACUGAAGAAAGUAGGAAAAACCACUGGGCCGGUAAGAUACAAUCUAAGUCAAAUCCCUUAUGAAUACACAGUGGAAGUGACGAACAGGUUUAAGGAUUUCGAUUUGGUGGACAGAGUGCCUGAAGAACUAUGGAUGGAGGCUCGUAACAUUGUACAGGAGGCAACAACGAAAACCAUGCCAAUGAAAAGGAAAUGCAAGAAAGCAAAGUGGCUGUCCAACAAGGCCUUACAAAUAGCGGAGGAGAGAAGGCAAGCAAAAUGAGAGGGAGAUAGUGAAAGAUACAGGAAAUUGAAUGCAGAUUUCCAAAGAAUAGCAAGGAGAGACAAGAAGGCCUUCUUAAACGAGCAAUGCAAACAAAUAGAGGAAAACAACAGAAUGGGAAGAACCAGAGAUCUGUUCAAGAAAAUUGGAGAUAUGAAAGGAACAUUUCAUACAAAGAUGACCAUAAUAAAGGACAAAAGUGGUAAGGACCUAACAGAAGCAGAAGACAUCAAGAAGAGGUGGCAAGAAUACACAGAGGAAUUAUACCAGAAAGAUAUGGAUGUCUCGUACACCCCAGGUAGUGUGGUUGCUGACCUUGAGCCAAAUGGGCCUUAGAAAGCACUGCAAAUAACAAGGCCAGUGGAAGUGAUGGUAUUCCAGCUGAACUAUUUAAAAUUUUAAAAGAUGAUGCUGUUAAGGUGCUAAACUCAAUAUGCCAGCAAAUUUGGAAAACUCAGCAGUGGCCAGAAGAUCGGAGAAGAUCAGUCUACAUCCCAAUCCCAAAGAAGGCCAGUGCCAAAGAAUGCUCCAACUACCGCACAAUUGCACUCA